AUGUUCGAUGCCCAAUCCGAUGGUCUUUCAUCCACCCUGGCUUAUGUGACCUACCCAGAUCCUUCAUCCACCCAGGCAACUGCACCAUGUGAAGCCGCGCCUCCAUCUGCGACCCCUAGCAUGUCCCCCAUGCUGUUCUCUGCCGACGCAAUGGCGGGUCGCACCGUAGGUGAGUCCGGCGACGUGGAUCACCCGAUUUCGCGAAUGGCAGCUCCCAUCCGCUCCCAGGACGGACAUUCCCAGGAAACCAACCGUCCCACCAUGCCCACGGAGCAGCCCCAGGUAUCCUUUGAGGAGUUGGCCGUUCGCUAUCGUCAAAAUCAACACAAACAGACCUCUCGGAAGAGACUGGAAAACCGUCUCCAUGCCCUCAAGGUCUCCAUGGGCGUCUCCGCGCGCUUGCUCCGCGUCGGAUCCGUCGUCCAGCGCGGCUUGGUCGACCGACUCAAGCACGACGACAAGGUCAAUUUCAUUGCUCUCUACCAUACCAUGGCUGAUCUUCAGGAAUCGUGUGAUUCCGCUUUCCGGCGCCACUUUCACCGGCAGGAUCCGUUGGAAGAAUGGUCGCCCAUUCGCGAGUCCGCCGUGGACCAUUCUCCGGACUUUUUCCUUCAAUUGAGCCCCCAGUCCCGGACCGACCUGGUGGAAAUCCUUCACUUAGUCCGUACCGACCCUCAAUUCAUUCUUGACAGGCUGUACAGCCUGGCCCCGGCCCAGCUCGCAGCACUGGUCUCAUCCGCAGGCCCCUCAGGGGACCCCAGUGAUAUCUCGUUCCAUUCGGCGUCACGUUCCCGGAAUCCUUCCUCGUUUUCAAAGCGCGUCUCUGCUUCUACCCUCCCUUUCAAGGAUCGCGUCUUGGCUUUUGAACGAACGGAUGCCUUGUCUAUUUUGCUCUUCAACGUUUAUGCAUCCCCUCUGGAUUCUGAUGCUCCUGAAGCACAGCUUCGCUUGGAUGUUUGGUCUUCUGUCUGUGCAAAGCUCAUCACCGAUGGUGGCAGCAGAUACUAUCCCCUGAUCGGCCAGAUUCUGGGCUCCUGGGCCACAGGGAGUGAUUGGAAAGCGAAGCCCAAGUUCGAGCUCUAUCUGAUGGACAUCCUGCAAACGGGCGCUUUCCUCCUGGAGCAUUUAGAUACCCCUCCUGGAGUGAGUUUCGAUGCGGAUCCUCCAGACCCCUUGAAGACGGAUGUGGCCGAGGAAUUCUUCGCGUCCGCGGUAGAUGCCUUGUUCCAGCUUUUGGAUGACCCAGAUGGAGGGUUUCCACAUGCGGUGAUGCAACUGGGCUGUGCCAUCCUCCAGAAACUAGACCACCAGGAUGGUCGUGACCGUUUCCUCGAGUUCUUGUUUGUUCAGUGGUUCUUCUCCAAGUUUCUCUAUGGCGCACUGACCUACCCGGAGGCCCAUGGUCUUCUGCUCGACUUCCAUAUCAGAAAUGAUGCCAGAGAGAAACUCCUCGGACAGGUCGGCCUCCGCGCGUACUCGCAAGUCUUCGCUGUUCUUCGUUCCAUGCACCACGUUUACAUGAUCCGUCCCACAGUGAGGCAGCACGUUGAGAACAUGCUCUGCAGAUACAGAAGCGCGAACACCGGUGUUCAAUCCUUUCCCCGCACGACAUACACGACAGGACGAGAAUCACCUGCUGCAUUCCUCAUGCUCUCUGCUGCUGACAUUGUCGCCCUGCUGAACGCACUUUUCCCUAGAUCGCCUGCUUCCGCUUGUAGCUCUCCGCUUUCGUCCUCGGGGAUGCCCUCAUCUCCUGUCAGUUCUUUGGCUGCUCGUUCAGACCGUUCCAUAGCAUCCAUCCUUGAGCCUGGGUUUUUCAAGCCUGUGCCCGAUCACAAUGCUGCGCGUGUUCCCCACGUCCAGAGUCUCUUCCCCGCUGACAUGGCUUUCCUGUCGCUACCGGAGAAUUGUAUGAGCCGCAAUGCCGAUAGGAUCCGCUUUGAGCUGUCAGACCUGAGUGAGCCGGAUGGCCGUACCACUCUGGAGCAACCCGCAGCGGAAGAAUGGUCCAUCUUCUCCAUGUCACAGCGUGGGAAACGCCUGACCUGGGGCCUUUUUCCUGAGGAUGGCCAGUUCAACUUCCCGGACACCGCCUCAGUGGAUGACGCUCAGUCCACAACCUUGGGCAUGGAGGACAACUUUGAGGCUCUUCAAACAGCCAUCGUGAAGUUGAUUCAAGACAAUCCUGCUGAUGAUUGUGCAGAGUACGGCUUCACGGACCCCGAUGCCUGUUCCGAGACAGGCAAUACCUCCCUCAAACAACGGUUCGAUAGGGCCAUGGAACAUUGCCAUCAUGACUCUGAUUUCAUCGGCGCUCAUUACUGGUGGAAUGCCGGCCGGCAGCUGCUUCGCAGCGUCGCAAGCUCGCAAUCCCGACGCGCAGACGACUCGUGGAUCCUUGAACCGAUGCACGCCUCUUGUGUCCGCUCACUCGCCACGUCACGAGUGGUCAUUGAACGAUGUGAAUCCGACUUUGUUGCCUUGAACAGACAUGCGCAACGACUGCAAAGAUCGAUCAAGGAAAUGAUGACCACCGUGGCCAAGCUGCGAGACAAGAUGUGGUACAUGACCGACGUCCGGAACUCGAUGCGGUACGAAGAUGCCAAACACGUCGCGCUGGCCCUGAAGACCAUGAUCUAUUCUGCUCGCCUUUACAAACAGGCCCCCAACGAAGGCCGCUCUCGCGGCAGUACGAGGUCAUUCGGGAGCUCUCUCCUUCAGAAGCCAGAGCUGCAAGUCAUGAACAUCAUGAAAGCGCCGAGCAGCCAGGGCGGCCCGAACAAACUUUCGGAUGAGCAGGUGGAUUUGAUCCGCAAAUGGCUCUCGCACAACAACAUUGACAACUUCUGCAAAGGUGAAGAGCGAAUCCAUCGAUUCUGCUAUGAGGUCAAGGCCAGUAUCAACCGGCUAGUUGGGGAGAGCAUGGCAGAAACCCCCGUUUUGUGGGCCAGCGAAUUGUAUCAUAAGGAGCGGGCCAAGUAUGAGGGCUCCAGCAACCGGGGGCUUCUGAGCCUCUCCUCGAGCCUACGACCGUUCGGCGCCUCCAGCGAAGACUCUGCAUACGCCUCGCAGGCGUAUGGCAGCACUCGCCCAUCAGACACCGCCUCGAAGUUCUCGCAGGAUCUUCCGCCGUUGAAUCGUAAAUCAUCCUUCCAGAGUGUGAUUUCCGACAAGUGGAGAGUUCCUCGGGAUCCUUCUAUCGCGGAUACGUCUUCAAUCGGUGGCUCUCCGGGAAGGGCCGCCUCGACUACCACCGGCGACUCGUACAGCACCUUUUGGUCGACGCCCCAGCCUGCACAUUAUGCCCCCAGCACCUCCAGCUUCUACUCCCGACCCCCCUCGAUGUUCGGUGACAAUGGCGCCCCGCCGCCGCGUCGUAAUGAUCGCAAGACGCACGGCAAAGCAGCGUUCCUCGAAGACCUGAAACAGACGCUGACUAGCCUGCUUUUAAGUGACCUUGGCUCCCCAGUGUGGAGCUGUGGAAGUGAAACCGACGCCUGGUUCGAAAAUGCGUUGGACCAGAAAAGGAUCCAGACGCAGAUGAAGAAGCGGGCUCGUAUUCAGCGAUUUUACACUCAGUGUGAUGAGCGGCUCGUUCAUCAGAGCAUCCAUCGCACUCCAUCGGACCGUCGGCGAAGCAAAUCCUUGGAGUCGUCCGAGCGGGCUACGCUCGGCGACGCCGAGACUCCAUCCUCUGCGGCCGAUACUGCGGGGGAGCCAAAUGAUGCAUUGCAGUUCUCGUAUGGAUCGGUCUUCCGGCGCCUGAUCGAGGUGUUCUCCCGGCACGGGAACCCCUUUGUCAAGUUGAAGGCGUUGCGAGACCUGCGGGCAUUGGUCGUUGCUUCGUUGAACUCCGCCAACGAGGAUACCUGCAAGUUCGAUGCCACUGAGGAGACUACUCUCCCCCGCGGCCGUAACCCAGGGCUCCAGGGCAAGAGAAGCGCGCGCCACAGCUUCUCCGACUCCCAGGCCAAGCGGAGUCAUAGCCACAACCUUCCUCACUCCCCUAUCUCUCCUGCCGCCGAGUCGGUCAUCUUUGACUCGCGGCCUUCCGAUUACUGUGCGCCCACAGAGACGCAGAUUGUGGAUGCACUGCGUGACCUCCUGCUGGAGGUGAAGCCCAAGACCCUUUUCCGGGAUCUACAGUUCAUCUCCGCCUUUGUACCUGGGGAGACGCUAAACAAGACCGACAGCGGAACUGCGUUCUUGCAGUUUGGUUUGGCGGCGCUGAGUCUCAAGGAUGAGAUCUGCAACAGCAUGGUCGAGAUUGCCGACAACAUCGUGUCGCAGGAGCUCAGCCGCCGUCAUCCUCCCCCCGGCCACGACACCACUGCCCGGACCGGGCAUGCCAUUGAAGAUGCCGCGGGCAUGUGGAUCAUCACUGCCAAGGAAGGCAAUCCAGUGGCCCAGCGCGAGCUGGCCAUUCUCUACCUCACCCAUCCCGAACUCCUGCCGCGCGUGACGCUGCCACUUACCCUCCUGCGAGACACAUUCAAGGCGGAGAUGAUGUAUCGCCGCGACAAGGAUUCCAAGUCCGACCCGCAAAGCAUGUGCCUGGCGCUGCACUGGAUGCAGCUGUCGGCAAAUGGCGGCGACGAGCUCGCGCGGAAUCGGCUUCGCGAGCGGGAGGAGUUCGAGUCUAUUGCAUAA